AUGGAGGAUGGCUACGAUACGCACAGCCAGAGAAAAAUGGUGCAUAAAUAUACAAAGAAGGUGCCACAGACGGCCACCUACUUAAGCUCCACCAUGAUCGCGCCACUCACGCUCCACCACGGUGUUCUGGUGGUGAAGACGCGUCUGGUGCGGAACCCGGUGCCGGACGGCGGCGGCGGCGGCGGCACCGUCUUCUUUGUGCGCCGCGACCAGCACCGCUACCUACAGAACGUGGAGGCGCGGGAGGAGGCCGGCACACCGGCUAUCGUGGAGGCGGUGCGGGCCGGCCUCGUGCUCCAGCUGAAGGAGGCGCUCGGCCCGGAGCAGAUUCGACUCUGGGACGAUGCGAUCGUCAGCCGGUUCCUGCGUGAGGCACGCUCCAUGCCUAAGCUGGUGCUUCUGGGACCACGCGCCACGUCCUGCCCGCGCCUGCCCAUCUUCUCCUUCCUGGUGGCGACACCCAGCGGCGCCUUCCUGCACCACAACUUUGUGGCGGCGCUGCUAAAUGACCUGCUAGGCGUGCAGACGCGCGGCGGGUGCGCAUGCGCCGGCCCUUACGCCCAGGACCUGCUGGGGAUCGACGAGGCGCUGGCCGAACGCUACGAGCGGACCAUCGCUGAGGACAGCCGGCUGGACCGGACCCACCUGCGGCGCCAGGGCGAGUACUCCUCGUACGAGCUGCUGCGGCCUGGCUUCACGCGCGUCACGCUCAGCUACCUGCUGUCGGAGGACGAGCUGGAGCACGUCAUCACUGCCCUCAGGCUGGUGAGCGAGCACGGCUGGAAGCUGCUGCCCCAGUAUCGGGUCAACCCGGAGACCGGCGAGUGGAGGCACCACUCCAACCUGGUUCUGAAGGAGCGCCGCUGGCUGGGCGACAUCCGCUACGGCUCGGGCCGCAUGGAGUACCGGCAGCGGUCGGCCCACCCGCCGGCGCCGGAGCUGCGCGCCUGCGCCGCCCGCGCCCGCGCCCUCAUCGACAGCGCCAAGAAGAACUGCCCGCGCCAGGUGCCCGACCACAGCGCCAUGUUUGACGCGGCGGCGACAGAGCUGCGCUGGUUCCUGCUGCCGAACGAGGCGCGCCUAAUGCUACAUGGCACGGCCAUCACCAUGCGGCCGCCGUUCAAGCCGCGGGUGUACUCCGGGCAGGGGCGGAUGGCGCUUGGCCGCCGCCGGGCCAUGUCCGAGAGCCGCGACCCGCCGGCGUCGCCGGUGGCGGCGUUGGUGUCAGCGUCGUGCGGUCGGCGCGUGGUGGCCGUGUCGGUGGUGACGCCCCCGGCCACGCCACCCCCCGUCGCCGCUGCCCCUGUCGCCGCCGCUGUGGUAUUCUCCGUCAGCGGGAGUGACGAUGCGGCCGAACGGAGCGCGGCAGCGCACGGCGGCGGCACGGGCGCGAGCGGCGCCGAUCGGCUGGCAGCGCCGAUCGGAUGCUGUCGGGAACAGCCGGCCACUGACCACAGCCGACCGAGCAGCGGCCGGCCUCGCGAAGCACCAGGGGGUCAAGGCAUUGAACCAAAGGUCACGAGCGUUCGUGAGAUCAAAACUAGUGACAGCUGCAGUUCGAAAAUUAGCGACAGCCGUGAGGCGACAGUCAGUGACGCCUCAGAUGGCAUUGUCAGUGACAGCUGCGAUUCAAAAAUGAGUGGCAGCAGUGUGGCACAUAUCGAUAGCGGCGUAGGAACCCUCGUCAGUGACGCCCGCGAUUCAGAAAUCAGUGACGACAGUGGCGCGAAAACGAGUGACAUCAAGGGCUCACCUUGCGGGGUCCGCCUCGAGUCCGAGUCCUACGAUAGCUCUAGACUAGCCGGCGGCGAGCCCGGUGUCGCGGGGGCGGCGGGCGCCGGCCAGGCACCCUCCGGUGUGGUGAGCGGAGCGGACGGCGGCGGCCCGGACUCCGCGUCCGGAGACGGCGACGGACCGGCCGCCAGUCCGCCGAGCCCCGCCCACAGAGCGCCGGCCAAGGCCCAGCCGACCGGGCCCCAGUGGCAUGCGCCGCCGCGGGCCAUCUUCAAGAAAACGGCCGAGGCGAUCGAGGAGUUCUCGAUGCUGCGGCCGGACGACCGUGUGCUGGUCUGCCUCUCGGGCGGCAAGGACUCGCUCUCGCUGCUGCACGUGCUGCGCCAGUACCAGUUCGUGGCGGCCAGCCGUGGCGCGCCCUUCCACCUGGCGGCCGUCACCGUCGACCCGCAGAGCAGCGCUUACGACCCGCGCCCGCUGCGCCCCUACCUGGCCAAGCUCGGCGUGCCCUACUACUACGAGGUGCAAGGUAUCCUGCGUCAGGCGGAGGAGGUGGAGUGCAGCAGCAUCUGCAGCUUCUGCUCGCGCAUGAAGCGGGGCCGCCUGUACGCGGCCGCCCGCCGCCAGGGCUACAACGUGUUGGCGUUCGGCCAGCACCUGGACGACGUGUCCGAGAGCUUCCUCAUGUCGGUCUUCCACAACGGCCGGCUGCGCACCAUGAAGGCGUGCUACGCGGUCACCGAGGAGGACCUGCGCGUUAUCAGGCCGCUCAUCUACGUCCGCGAGAAGGAGCUGCGCCGCUUCGCCGAGUCGCGCGGCCUGCCGGUCAUCCCCGAGAACUGCCCAGCAUGCUUCGAGGAGCCCAAGGAGCGGCACCGCGUGAAGCAGCUGCCGGCCCAGCGGGAGCGGCCACCGCGUGUGAAGCAGCUGCUGGCACAGCAGGAGGUGUUGUUCCCGCACCUGUUCGAGUCGCUCCGGGCGGCGCUGCGGCCGCUGUACGCCAUCACACGCACCGGUGUCGAGAGUCGCCUGUUCGGCCGAGCCGCCGCCGAGCCGGACGAGGGACGAGGACAGCAGGACUGA